AGCCACAGAACAAAAAAAGCAAAAACCUCGGUGACUGGGAGCGUAAGAAGCAGCAGCGGAAUAAUCAACAAAGGCGGCAAACAUGGCGAGAGGAGAGAGAAACCAGGAACCGGAGGACGACACCUCCACAAUGGGAGUCCUGCACCAGAGGACUCACCUGUGCGUCGACAAAGUGGUGAGUGACCUGUGCCAGGGAUACUACGAGCAGGCUCUGAGGCGGAUCAACGAGGGUCUGGAAGGCUUACAAGACCAUGAGGAGAUCAUGGCGCUGCUGGAGCUAAAGAACAUCCUCGUGAGACUGAGACUGAAGGGCGAGGCCCAGCGGACCAUAGGCCCAACUCGCCAAUCUGACGCCCUGCCCCACGGAUUCACCCUCGAGAUGCUGGACGUGGUGCAGAAGGUCCUGCGGUGCCGCAAUCACUACGAGGUUCUGCGCGUCUCUCACCAUGCCACCUACUCGGAGGUAAAGCGGGCCUACCACAAGCUGGCCCUGCGCCUCCAUCCAGAUAAGAAUAAAUCCCCUGGAGCUGAGCAGGCCUUUCGCCGCAUCAGCGAGGCGGCUGACUGCCUCACGGACUGCCAAAAGAGGAUUGAGUACAACAUAGCAACGGCAGUGGGCGACUGCCACGACCAGGAUCGCUCAGAGUACACGGAUUAUCGCGGGGAAAGCGGAAUCGAUGAGGCAGUUGAGUCCGAUCUGGGAGCCGCUUUUCGCAGGCCUUAUCAGGGGGCCAAUCAGCGGAUGCCCCAGCGGCAGUCGCUCUACCAAACAGAGCAACUCGUCAUCGGAGUGGUGGCUGCUCUGGUUUUCCUCUUCGUCACCAUGCACUACAUCGCUGCCGCUCCUGCAUACAGUUUCACGCCAACCAGAACCCACAGCUUUCGUCGGCUCAGUCAGACGAGGCAUAUCGCCUACUACAUGAACCCGACCGAUCUGUCCCAAUACACAGAACAGCAGUUGGCCAAACUGGAAGCAGAAAUCGAGGAGGUUUACAUCUCGGACCUCACACAGAAGUGCAGGCAAGAGCGGAGUUUGAGGGAUACUCUGUUUCUUAGGGCGAGACAGGGAAACAACCAGAAGUUACUCCAGCAUGUCGGCCACAUGCCCACUCCUGCCUGCCAGGCGUUACUCCAGCUGGGAAAGUCUGGUCACGGUCCACUGCUGCUGGAGAAUGAGUCUUUGAAGGAGGUCUAGCAACUCUGGUACUCGGUAGUUUUUAUUGAUAGAUGUAUGGAUAAGUGUAAAUAAAGGCAGCUUACAAAAAUA